AUCAGUGACAGGAUUUGGCUCAUCUCUGAGACAGGCUAAUACCCUCAGUAGAUUGGCUACUGUUCCUUUUUCAGCAGAUGGACCAAAGGAUUAGCAAGGGCUUAAUGCAGUAGUGACAGGGAGGAAGGUGCAAGGAAGAGGAGAAAGAGAAGCUUAGGCAAAUAAACCUCAGGGACUAUAUACUAGAAGGAAGACAAUAGUGAUAUAAAGGUCUGAAAAAAGGGGGAGCACUGUACCUGUCAGGAAGACAAAGUGAGAACUCAGAUGUAUAUAAACUAACAGUAUGUAGGAUGCCAGCUAUUGCCUGAUCAUCUGACAUUGGAUCAAGUACUAUUUCAGAAGACUUUCUGGCAAUGACUGCAAGCCUGGCAUGGUAGAAACCCCCCAGCUCUUUUGAAUUCACAGAGCCAAGAUGUCACUGCUCCUGUUGGACGAGACAAGCUCAGAUAUUCCUGUGAGGGAUACGGAUUGUAAGCCAGCUGUGUUUAAAGCAAUACAAGAGGUGGUAGUCGCUCCCUAUUCACGGAAACAACAGGCUCAGAGAACAAUGAAAGUAAAAGAUAAGGAUCUGAAGAUGCGACGAAGAGUCUCACUUAUCAGUCGAGAGGCACUAGAGGAUAACUUCCUCCGUAUUCAUGAGGAGAACCUUCUACUUAAGGACCAUGCAAGGAAAAUGGAAGACAAAAUAAAAAGAAUGGGGACCAAACUGCUCCGGGUAACGUCAGAUCUUGUGCAGACAGGAAAAUCAUCUGGGGCAAGGCAUGAUGGGCGAGAUUUAGAAACUGAGGAAAUUAUAGAAGACUUACAGGAUAGAGUCCGAGACCUGGAACAUAAGAAUGAAACAAUUAGACACAAACUGGUUACAUAUAAGCAACGAUUACAGGUGCAAAGUGGGUGCAGACAUUGCCCCUACAGCACAGUGGCACCACGAACAGACUCUGGAGUCAGAAAAAACAUUGUUCUGCCAGAUAACAUUAAAAGAGGUCUGCAGGUGCAAAGUCUGGAACCGAGACCCCCCCAAGUAUGCCAAGUUCAGGCAUGUGGAGAGACCCUCAGUGAUGAAGCCAGAGCAGAGAUUCAGAGGCUAUUCAAUUUAAUUGAAAGUCAGAAUAACAGGGCUGAUGAUAAGUCCACUAUUGUGCAAAAAAGUAUGGAGUCCGUGAGGUCAAUGGAUGCAGUGGCAGAAAUGAUGCUCUCUGUGCAAAGAACCCAGCAGGCUGACAAUCAAAGGACUGCUAUCCAGGAGAAUGUAAUGGUGAUACGUCUUCAGAAAGAGCUGAGAGAGAAGAACACAACUAUUUGUGCUUUAAGGGAACAGUUCCAUCAGCUAAAGGAGUCUUAUGAAACAGAACUACAACAGAAUCAAAAGUCCCUGACACUGAGCCAUGAAGCGGUUUUGACUCAGCUGGAGGACCUCACAUCCCAGUUGAAAGCAGAAAGGGCAAAGGUGGUGGCAAUGGAAAUUGAGCAACAAAGUGUCCUUAACUUGCAAAGAUCUUUACAAGAGUUCCAGGAGCGUGUGACUGACCAAGAGAAGGAAAAUGGGCUCCUCAAAGAAAAUUAUGAGAAUCUGCUUAGAAGUUCUCUUAAUGAAGAAAAAGUCAGCAUAAGACAAUCAACAGAGAAUGAACUGAAAGAAAAGAUUUCUCUGCUGGAGGAGCAAAUCCAUCGUCAUGUGUCUGACAAUAAACUAAACAAUGAACAGCUUCAGCAUGAAAGAGAACAAAAUGAGCACUUAAAGAAGGAACUCUCACUAAUGCAUAUUCAGCUCCUGGAAAAGAUUCAAGAAGUCAAGAGUUAUCAGGAAAAAGUGUCAGCCAUACUGGCUUCUUCAGUCAACAACACUGUCCAGGAGCAAGCUGGAUUGACCUUGCAAAGAACCUCGACACCAAGACUGGAAGGUUAUAACCAGACGAGGGAAUUCAAUGCAACUAUGAAUAGAUGGUUUGAUGAAAGAAGAAAACUGGAGGAGAUGGAACAUCAGAUACGAUGUGAAGAUGAACAAAGGCAAAGAGAAGACAGCAAAAAGCAAAGAGAAGAAGAGCAAAAAAAGGUGGAGGAGACAGAGAUGGAGAGGAGGAUUGGCAGGAUGGAUGCAGACCAUGCAGAGACAAUCCUAGAGCUGGAAAAGACAAGGGAAAUGUUGUUCCUGCAACAUAACAUUAACAAUGACUAUCAGGAGGAGCUGAAGGCAGUGAGGCUUAAAGCCGAGAGUGAAAGCAGAGAAAAAGAAGAGAGGAAAUGUCACUAUGAGGAUAGAAUUUUUAAGUACAGGUCUAGGAUCCAGACUCUAGAAGCUCAGCUCAAAGACAUUGCAUAUGGAACAAUGCCCUCCCGAUAUGAGUCUCAGUCUCCUGAUGUGGAUAUGUCACCUGUACCAUCACUGCGACGGGGAGAGACUCUCUUUGAAGUUCAUGUAGAAGCUGUCUGCUUCACACCACGGGGGCUGAGGGAAGUCGGUGACCCUCAGCCAAACACCUUUUGUGUUUAUUCUUUGUAUGACUUUGAAACACACGCCACUCCAGUGGUAACUGGCACCAGCCCUCAGUACAACUUCACCUCUCAUUAUGCAGUUACUCCAGAUGCUGAAUUUCUUCGCUAUUUGAGAGUCGGUGUCUUGACUUUGGAGUUGUAUCAAGCUGUAGGAGGAGAGCAUAGAGAGCUGGCAAGGGGGCACAUUAAACUGGAAGCAACAUUGCAAAGCACUGAAAAGAUACAUGGAGCCGUUACUUUGACUGAUGUCAGCGGGGAAGUCAUAGGAGAACUGGAAUACUGGAUUUGUCUACAUGGAUACGUAUUUCAGGUUCAGCGUGUGCAGAAGCAGAGUACUAAAGCUCGCAGCUACCUGUCAGCUGGUAGAUAUUGCCAUUCAGAGAAGCAAUUGGCAUCGCCUUUUUCUACUGGACCUCAAAAUGAACUUACCAUCAGAAUAUGGGGUUGUAGAAGCCUAAAGGUGGGAUGUUUGGGAUACCAACCAAGUCCUUAUGCAAUAUACCACUUCUACCAUCACCCUGACCAUUCUACUGCUAUCAUACCAUGUAGCAACAAUCCUCAGUUUGGAGAUGAAUCUGUUUACCCACUACAAAUAACCACUGACCUUGAGAGAUAUCUUCAGAAGGAGUGUUUAUAUGUUUAUGUGUUUGAUGAUGAAGAUAUGCAGCCUGGAGUUUACUUGGGAAAAGCAGAAGUACCUUUAGUCAGCCUAGCAAAGGGAGACAACAUUCAAGGAGAUUUUGCACUGUUGAACCCUUGUGGAAAGUGCUCUGGAUCAAUACAACUCAAUAUGGAAUGGAAAUUUCCUUACAAGGCUACAAGCUAUCAAAGUACUCAAGAGGUUCCACUUUCACAGCAUGGUGCCCAUAUGAAAUUGCUGCCGAGUGCUGCACCAAAGGUUAACUUAACUCGAGCAAAGCAUUGCAAAACACGCAAGGCUGAGGACGUUCAACAAGAUGACAUAACCUCCACCAAAAGGGGACGUAAAGACUUCUCAUCAACAUCCAAUCAAAACACAACCCAAAACGCUCAAAAAUCGAACCUUCUGCCAGCUGGAUACCACAGCAAUGAUCCAGACGACCAACAAGAGGAAGCUUUACAAGCACAGGAAGGUGAUCAGGACAACAUGGAAGACACUAUGGAAGAGGAUAAUAUCAAUGGUGAUCACACAGCAGAUGCAAUUGACCCACAAAGUACAGAUUAUAAGGACAUCAUUUUAGUGGUAAAACCACUUGUUCCAGAAAAACCACCUUCAUCCAUGAUCCGUGUGGAAAUCAUGUCUCUGACCUUAAAUCCAUAUUCAGAGGUGAUGGGUGACAGUGCAGUACAAAGGUUGUUUGUGGAAUUCCGCUUUGCUGGUGUCCCACCGGAGGAAACGGAGACCCCUGUGUCACUUCGCAAACCCAACCAAGGAGAGGAGCUAUACUAUCACUUUAGUAAAGUGAUACAUCUAGAUGGUACAGAACAUGCAGAGCGCAGAGAUUUUCUCUACAUGCUUUUAGAUGGAUCCGACUCAAAUGGAGAUAUUGUCAGGCUUAAGUUCACUGUGGUGAGUGACCCAAUUAAUGAGGAUGAAGAAGAAUGUCAUGAUGUGGGCUAUGCUUAUAUGGACCUUCGUCCUCUAUUAAGAAGAGCCGAAGACAAAGCUGAGGAAACUUUACAAGUUUUGGAUGUAGCCGAUGAAGAACAAGUCAUCGGAGCACUGAGAGUAGCAAUAGAAGCAAAAGACGCAGCGCGGACAGUGCACAGAACAAAGAGAGCAAAGGAGAUACAGUGAAGAUUUCUCUCAUUUCAAAAGCCAUCCAUAUCCCAAAGAAUAAAAAUGGAAUAUCAAAGCAUGCAAUGCUUUUAUCAACACUUACAUAUUUGUCAUUUGGAAAUGGUUCACCUCAAACUAUAGGGAUAUACUUAUAUCUUGGAUUAAAAGGAGUUUUGGAGUAAGA